GCCUCUUGUGACGCCAUUAUCUUAUUCUGCCUCCACCACAUUUGAUCCCCCUGCCCCAAAUGGCACCGCGUCUCCCUCCUCCAUUGCACCCCCCGUCUCGUCUCCUUCUCCUCUCCCGCCGUCGCCGUCGCCGUCUCCGCUAGCGCACCCUGACUCGCCGCGGGGUUGUAGCAGUGAACAUGGACCUCGAUCCCUCCCCCUCCUCCGCCCCCGGGGACGGCUGUGGCUCCGGCGACGCGUGGCCCUUCGACACGCUGACCACAUCCUUGCUCUUCUCCUCCGUCUCCGCCUCCCCGCCGCUGCCGGGGAACUCCUCCUCGUGGCUCACGCCGCCCUCGCCGUUCUGGCUCUUCGACGACCGCCAGCUGCUCCCGCUCGAGGCCCCCGCGGCGCCCGAAGCCGCCGUCGCCGCCGCCGUCGUCGAGGAGGUCCAACGGGCCCGCUCCGGAAAUCCUGACACUACAAGUAAGAGGGUUGAACAGAUCAACCACAAAUGGCAGUUUCACCUAUCUCUGGAUGACAAUGCCACUGAUAACUCUAGCUUGUUCAAGGAGAGGCUCACUCAAGCUCUCAGGUACUUCAAGGAGUCCACAGAUCAACAUCUGUUGGUUCAGGUUUGGGCACCAGUUAAGAAUGGAGACCGCUUUGUGCUUACUACUUCAGGACAGCCUUUUGUGCUUGACCACCAGAGCAUCGGGCUACUUCAGUACAGGGCUGUAUCCAUGAUGUACAUGUUUUCAGUUGAUGGGGACAAUUCUGGAGAGCUGGGGCUACCUGGGCGUGUUUAUAAGCAAAAGGUACCUGAGUGGACACCAAAUGUGCAGUACUAUAGCAUUACUGAGUAUCCACGGCUUAACCAUGCGAUCAGUUACAACGUUCAUGGUACUGUCGCCCUGCCUGUUUUUGAUCCUUCCGCACAGUCAUGCAUCGCUGUCGUCGAACUUAUAAUGACAUCAAAGAAGAUAAACUAUGCUUGUGAGGUUGAUAAAGUCUGCAAAGCCCUUGAGGCAGUAAAUCUUAAAAGCACUGAAAUAUUGGACCAUCCAAAUGUCCAGAUACGUAAUGAAGGCCGUCAAACUGCGCUGGUGGAAAUACUGGAGAUCUUGACUGUAGUAUGUGAAGAGCACAAGCUUCCUUUAGCACAAACCUGGGUACCUUGCAAGUAUCGAAGUGUAUUGGCACAUGGUGGUGGUUUGAAGAAGAGUUGCUUAAGUUUUGAUGGAAGUUGCAUGGGGGAGGUCUGCAUGUCAACCAGUGAUGUGGCGUUUCAUGUGAUUGAUGCUCAUAUGUGGGGAUUUAGAGAUGCCUGUGUAGAGCAUCACCUACAGAAGGGGCAAGGAGUUUCUGGAAAGGCUUUUAUCUCAUGCAAACCUUGCUUUUCAAAAGAUAUCAAGAAGUUCUGUAAGUUGGAGUAUCCCCUGGUACACUAUGCUCGAAUGUUUGGGUUGGCUGGCUGCUUUGCAAUAUGCUUGCAAAGUUCUUACACUGGACACGAUGAUUACAUAUUAGAGUUUUUCCUGCCACCCAAUUGUACCGACGAAGAUGAUCAAAAUGCCCUGUUGGAGUCUAUAUUGACUCUGAUGAAGCAGUGUCUUCGUAGUCUAAAGGUCGUUGGCGACAGAGACUUGAAUGGGGUUUCUCUUCAACUUAAUAAUGUGCUAAAAAUUGGGAAUGAAGAAUUCAAGACGGAUGUGCAAUUUGAUAACUCUGAAGGUUGCCUUCGUGGAUCACCUGAAGGUGGUACACAUGGAGGAGUCCACGAGUUUGAUAAAGGGAAUAAGAAAGUUUCAAAUAUGCCUGAGGGUCAUUUGUUGGCUGAUGACUACUCUCAAGACAAUGGCACUUCUGCCACCAGACCAAAUGGUAGCGGUGCCUCUGUUUCCUCAUUGCUUCACAAAACCAACAAACCCCCUGAAAGGAGACGAGGAAAAGCUGAAAAAACUAUCAGUUUAGAGGUUCUUCAGCAAUAUUUUUCUGGAAGCCUGAAAAACGCAGCUAAAAGCCUUGGCGUGUGUCCUACAACCAUGAAGCGCAUCUGCAGGCAGCAUGGGAUUUCUCGUUGGCCAUCUCGAAAAAUCAAUAAGGUCAAUCGGUCUCUCUCGAAAUUAAAGCAGGUAAUUGAGUCUGUUCAAGGCUCAGACGCCGCAUUUAAUCUCACAUCUAUCACAGGUCCUCUUCCUAUUCCUGUUGGUCCUUCAUUAGAUUCUCUCAAUGUAGAGAAAGUUACUCAAAGUAAAGUUGCAGAACGUUCGAAUCCCAUUGUUGACGGUGACAGAGAUUCUUCUUUGCAAAAAUCACUUGAAAAUGACGGCCACUUUGGUAUACCCAUGUCCCAGCAAGGAUUUAUGGAGAAUAACAACAAUGCGCACCUUGAAGCAGACAAAGCUUCUCACUCAAGAAGCUCAUCUGGAGAAGGCAGCAUAAAUUCACGUACUUCAGAGGGCUCAUGCCAGGGAAGCCCCGCAAACCAGACAUUUGUAUGCAACCCAAUUGCUUCGACAUUCGUGGAACCUCAACUUAAUGUGGAGGAGUUCACUAAAGAGCCUUUUCAAGAACCACAGCUACCACUUUCCAGGAUGCUCAUUGAGGAUUCUGGUAGCUCCAAAGAUUUGAAGAAUCUCUUCACUUCAGCAGCCAACCAACCCAUUUUCGCCCCUCCCAGUAAUUUGGUGUCAAUGAAGCAUUCAGGGACUGUAACAAUAAAGGCAAGUUUUAAGGAAGACAUUGUAAGGUUCCGGUUCCCAUGCUCUGGCAGUGUUACUGUAUUGAAAGAUGAAGUAGCGAAAAGGCUAAGGAUGGAUGUUGGCACGUUUGAUAUAAAGUAUCUUGACGAUGAUCAUGAGUGGGUGAAGCUGGCGUGCAAUGCAGACUUGGAAGAAUGCAUGGAGAUCUCACGAAAUUCCGGUAGCCAUGUCAUCAGGGUGUUGGUUAGCGAUAUUGUGGCACACGUUGGUAGUUCCUGUGGGAGCUCUGGUUGAUAUGCAUUCCAGCAUUUUUCUUCGUUUAAUCAGUGUGCAAAAGUUCUUGUUUGAUGAGGUCAGUUUCACCUGUUGUUGAUCUAGUCCUUUUGCUAGAUAGCAUUAGCAGCUGUGUUUGGUGAAUGCAUCAUUUUUUUUGUACGAAAUGUGUAAUUGUGCAAAUCGUACUUAUAGCCAACGCUGUACAUAUUAAACACUUGGUGCUGAAAAUUCUGUCGAACAAAGUUACAAACCGAAAUUGUUGGCCAGAUGUGGAACACUCUUGGGUUUGAACUUGGAGGCACCUUGUUAUCCCUUCAGCUCUUUUUGGAGGUUAAGAUUGUUUGGGAAAUACAUCUGAUUUUUGUAGUUAACUAUUCCCGCUUGUAAAGACAUUCAUUUUAUUUGCUCCUUGCUAGCAUAUCAAGUUCAACUAUAAUGA